AUGAUGCUGGAGGGUAAGUUUUGUUUACUUUUUGUCAUAAAUUCAAUUCUUUUUAAAUGAGGGUUUGAUUAAGUGCUAGAAAUUCAAAAAAAUUAAAUCCGAAGAAGAGAUGAAAUUUAAAAAAUUUAACGGAUUUUAUGACUUCAUACUCAUAAUAUAGCUAAUUUUUCCAGAAAUCCGCUAUCGCUUGAGUUUUUUGCUUGAGAAAUACGAAGCGACUGGAAAACAAGAGAAAGCCACUGCUUUGACGUUGCUUUUGGAAGACGUGGCUGACUUUACGGCUGGAGCAGUAUGGCAUUUUAUGAAACAGAACGAUACUAAUGUUACCCGCAUUCCGACUGAAGUUCAAGUCUCUGAAGCAGAACAAGUUGGAGAUUCAGUGGAUUCCACAGCUGUCAAUAGAAGCAAUUCAGGGCCUACUACACCUGCUUUAAGAAGCGAUUUAGUAGCUUCUACAGCUGAUAGUAGAUCUGAUUCAACAGGUACUGUAGCAGAUAUUAGACGAGUUAAACGAGAACAAGUUGAGCCUUCGGAAACUACUGGAACACCUGAGCCAACGGUGGUAGAAUCUACGGUAACUUCAGAAGUGAAUGGAAAUUUACAGUCGGGUGGGAAUGUAGCCUCAGUCGAUUCACUAUUGGUUGAUAACGCAAAGUCAACUGCGAUUGCACAACCACCCAUUACUAGGUAUUCUUAUGGAGAAGUUAAUGGAGUUUACGGGUUAAUUGGGACUUCAGAAGCGGCUGCUAAUUCAAGAUUGGAUGAUACUCCUCAGUUUUUUAACCCAAGACCUAAUCGUACUUCAUCAACUAACAGUCAUAACAGAAGGUCAGGAGCUCGAGAAUCUAGUUUUGAUAUCAGAAGGUCGAGAAUCUGGGUUUGAUAGCAGAAGGUCAGGAGCUAGAGAAUCUAGUUUUGAUAACGGAAGGUCAGAAGCUCGAGAAUCUAGCUAUAAUAACCGAAGGCCAGGAGUUCCCGACUAUACUAAUAACCAAAAAAGACCUAGAGAUUCAGAAUCAGCAGAUAGACGAAGAGAAGGAUCUCGAUCAAGAAUCCCAGAGUUUGCUCCGCCAGCUUAUGGAUCUGAAACUGUUGACCACAGGGAUAAUAAGUUUGCUAAUCAGUCGUUUGGUAGCCGAAAUGAUGACAAUGAAGCUCAUGUUAUAGACUGUGAGUUGCCUGGCGAAGUAUUUCAUGGGCAAGUUUUAAAUUUGCUUUAAUUUAAAUUUUUUUAAAUUUAAUGUAGGCUUUCUAUUGAAAUUUAAAGUUUACACUUAACGUAAUGUGUACUAUAAGUCUUUUUAUAUUGUUUGUUACUAUAAUAUACUUAUUUUUCAGAAAAUCUAUUUUAAACAUCAGAACAAGGGCUGUGGAAAAGAAUAUUAUCAUAUUUACUACCAAAGUUACUGGUCCUAACAAAAGAACAGUCCAUAAUUUGUUGCGAAUCAUUGGAGCACCAAUCUACGUGUUCAAAAGAAAAAUAUUGGACAUGCACUUCCCUGGCUACGUGGAGAACAUCAUCAUCACUGGGAGUAAAGAGUGGUUGAAGAGCCCGGUUAAAGAACUUGAGGUAGGUGAUAAGUGAAAUGAUUUUACGGAGUAAAGGUCUCAAAAAUUCUAUUUUCAAUGACAGAUUUAUGAUUUUAGGAGGUAUUCCAAGCGGUGAAAUCAAGAAUUGCACAUGCAGAGAUCUACUUCGUUGUGUAUGGUGAUCUCAGAAACCUGGACAAAUUGAACCGUUUGGCUGUAGCUGCUUCUAAAAACAUGUCGGAUGUUCAUGUUAUUCAUCCCAAUCAAUUCUACGAAGAUUACGCCGCUCUUUUCGAAUCACAGUUCAAACGUGCUCAUGUUAGGUUUCUAUUGAAUUUGAAUCAGUUUGUCAUCAGCUGUAGAGCCAAUCCAAAAUUGUUGGAGCGGCCUUGGGAUUAG